GUGCGUUACUGGGCACGCUCGGGGCACCCUCAGUAACCCAGCCCUGCGGGCAGCAGUCGCCUCCACGACCCCGGCCAUGGCGGAGCUCUUGCGGGCGCCGUCCGUGCCCUCCCUGGCCGGGCUGGAAGAGGAGCUCACCUGCUCCAUCUGCCUGUGCCUCUUCGAGAGCCCGGUCACCACGCCCUGCGGCCACAACUUCUGCGGGCCCUGCCUGGACGUCACCUGGAGCGGCCUCCAGGCGGGCUUCAGCUGCCCGCAGUGCCGGGCCAGCUUCCCGCGCCGGCCCGAGCUGCAGAAGAACACGGUGCUGUGCCGGGUGGUGGAGCAGUUCCACAGCCCCCAGCCCGCGAGCCCGGCCGCCGAGGGGGGGAAGAAGGGCUGGGACGGGAGCCGCUCCGAGGUGGCCUGCGACAGCUGCCUGGAGGCCGCGGCGGCCAAGACCUGCCUCACCUGCCUGGCCGCCUUCUGCCCGGAGCACCUGCGGCCCCACCUGGAGAGCCCGGCGUUCCGCGACCACCAGCUCUGCCCGCCGCUGCGCGACCUGCCGCGGAGGAAGUGCCAGGACCACAACAAGCUGCUGGAGUUCUACUGCCGGGACCACGCCCGCUGCCUCUGCUGCGUCUGCCUGGUCAGCCACAAGACCUGCGCCACCGGCCCGGUGCAGGACGCCAAGGCGGACAAGGAGUCACAGCUGAAGAGCAGACUGACGGAGCUGUAUAAUCAGAGCGAAAAAGCUUCUCUGGCGCUGGAUGAAGUGAAGGUGCUGCAAAGACAAGCCAGUGAGACAGCUGCCCGAAAGAUGGAUUUGCUCAGAAGUGAGUUCUUGGAAAUUAAAGCUUUAAUAGAAGAAGAAGAAAACCAGGCAAUGAGGAAGGUUGAAGAAGAGGAAAAGCGAGUCUGUGAUAAGUUUGAUUAUGUCCAUAAGGUCCUGGGAAAGAAGAAAAAUGAAAUUCAGGUCAUCAGGGACCAGAUUGAAAUGGCACUGACUGAAGAUGAUGAUAUUACAUUUUUAAAGGAAGCAGCAAAAUUGCGAAACACUUCAACCAAAGACGUUUUCAUCCCCAGAAUUGAUCUGGACCAAAACUUGAUACACACCAUUUAUCAAGGUGCCUUUUCCCUUAAAGAAAUAGUGAAACGAACGGUGAAUCAACCUCAGGAGAAGAAAAUGGAAGCAGGUGGACAGUCCAGACCAAGUGUGGAAGAGAAGGCAAAUCUACAGUGGAAACCUAAGGCUUUUCAAAUAAACCCUUCAAAUAAACUCUCAGCAUCUGGAAGAAAAGCUGUUGGAUCACAAGCUGCAAAAAUAGGUAAAGCCCCUCAGAAGCCUCAGUCGGAGUUGAGUGAGGAUGCAGACACCAGGGAUAAAAGAAAACCUGCCAAAUCUGCACCAAACACUGCGAAUCCAGGCGCAACAUCUCUUGAAAGCUUUUUAACGAAAUCGAGAGAGGAGCUCCUGGAGUAUGCUGCUAAAAUCACGCUGGAUUUCAACACCGCUCAUAACAAAGUGCUGUUAUCAGACAGAAACACCAAGAUGUCGGUCUCUGAAAUACCCCAGAAGUAUAGCCCCCACCCUCAGCGCUUCACCUACUGUUCCCAAGUGCUGGGCUUCCAGUGCUUCAAGAGGGGCAUCCACUACUGGGAAGUGGAACUGCAACGGAACAACUUCUGCGGCAUCGGCAUCUGCUACGGGAGCAUGGACAGGCAAGGGGCGGAUAGCCGCCUGGGGAGGAACAGCAGCUCCUGGUGCAUUGAGUGGUUUAAUUCGAAAAUUUCAGCCUGGCAUAAUGAUCUUGAAAAAUGUCUGCCCAACACCAAGGCCACCAAGAUUGGUGUGCUGCUCAAUUACGAGGGAGGAUUCGUUAUUUUCCUGGGUGUUGGCGAGAAACAUAACUUGAUCUACAAAUUUAAAGCGCAGUUCACUGAAGCGCUGUAUCCUGCUUUCUGGGUGUUUUCCAGUGGCACUAUGCUUUCGCUCUGCCAGCUGAAAUAAUAGGCUGUCACACCUGAAUCUGGUUGCUCAGGGUAUUUACAUCUGCUCGAGCCCUCUCUCUCUCUUUCCGGGAUUCACUAUUUUCCGGGAUUCACUAUUGUAGUUCUAGCUUGCUCAUUUAAUUCAAAGCACAUAUGUUCUUGCUUUAGCUUGCUGGAUGGCUUUUUCUAGUGGCUCUCUGCUUAUCCAAAACCACUAGACUGCAGUCCUGCAAGUACUGGAAAGUUACUGGUUAGAAAAGCAAGAUCUACAGACUGGAUUUAGUGCUCUAGUUUGACACAUGAAGAAAGGUGGCGUUUACUGCACAUGCAUGUAAAGGAGAGCGAGAACUUUUCUCCGUCUCUAAAAAGAUUUUACCUGUGAAUAUUUCCAGUUUUAUAACUUAAAAAAAGAAGGUCACAGAGGGCAGAACAGGAAUUCUAUUUUUAAACCUACUAAAUUGUAAUAAAUAAUUUAAGGCACUUGGUUUUUAUAGCAAUAUUAAAGAGGAAAUCCCAAAUACGCCAGGAGGCAACAGCUCCACUGUUCCUCUUUCUACAGAGGGAGACAAAGAUUUUUGCUACACAAUGCAUCAACUGAAUCUUGGGUCAAGUAGCACCAAUAUUUUUCUGUUUGGGCAGGAGGUUUAACUGGCUGUCGCAUGCAGUUUGGGGGCUGGUGCGUCCCAUUCUUCCCAUCUGAAUUCCUAAAUCCAUAGGUGGAGCACUGAUGACCAUGAAAACACUCUGAGGUGUUUUCCCUGUAAUCACUAGAUAGCAAAGAUAGUUCAAGCAAAAGUCUUUAAAAGAACCCGGUUUCUUCUUUUACAAGAGAAAUGAUGACCAUAUGACACAAUCAAAUGAUUUUCAUGGCUAAACAUAAGGGUCAGAUUCAAUUACCAUCGAUGUCAGUGGGAGUUUGAUUCUGUCCCGAAUGUAGGAAUUUUUUUUUCUGAAAAAGCCCAGCAUUGUCUCCCUCUCUUGCUCAAUCCCAUUACUGGUUCUAGAGAUUGAUUUUUUUUUUUUUUUUUUUUUUUGUCUGAUUUCCUGUUGCUCAGGCAGUAGUCUAUAGGCAAGAGACCAGCCUUGCACAGGUAUCGGAGGCCUUUAGAAAUGGUUAAACCUAUGGAAGAUACUUCCUACACAUGGUUUGUCUAACACUAUUGCCGAUGGGUGUGGGUUGAAUUAAAUAAAUACAAGUCUUUAGCACUGGAUGGUAAAAGCCAACGUGGGGUAGCAUAUUGGAAUAGCAGACCAGAAACUUCUAAAGGAGACGAGCAAGUGACAGUGUUAUACCCAAGAACCAUGUAUCGAAGCCAAGUGUCUUCAGAAAGAAGCCCUGCAGAAAUUCCUCUGUAGUAGCUAGGGUUAAGAAGUGACUGAUUUAUCAUUGGCGUAUCUGAAUUGUCUUAAAGAAAGAUUUGAUGGGAUGGAACAACACAAAUUCUGAACAUUUGCGGGGUAUUAAAGAUCGGAAAGGUGAGCAGCACCACAAAAUGCUCCUGCUGUAGAGAUCAAGGUGCUUUUCAACCCCACCAUUUAGAAAAAACAGCCCUGUUUGAAAUGAACAGAAUUUACCUAAAAAACCUAGAUGUGGUUUUUUUAAUCUAAAGGCUCUAUUUGCUAUGCCUCUUGGAAUGAAGCAUCCAGUCUCACAUAACGUAUCCAGGUGCUCUACUUCUUUACGUUAUAAAGUUCUGCAAUACCUCCUUACAUUUUGAGGAGUUGUGGGAAGAAGUGGAGAAAAACAGUACGUCUUGGGUUUGUCUAACAGCAUUAAUGUUGUGGUCACUCACUGCAGGGUCAGAGAAGUUUCUCUUCUGAAGUAUGGCAUUCCCGGAGUACCAAGUCUCUAUGUGCCAUUUGGCCAUGAUACUGAGUUCGGUACUGUGGCUUCCGAAAGUCUGAAAACUGCCUUCGUGCAAAAUUGAAGCAUCGUUCUGAGCGAUGUGUCCUCUUUGGCAUUGAAUCUGCAUGUGGGCUGGUGAAUCUUCUAAACUAGCAACAUGUUGGAAAGGAUGAUAGAAGGAGAAUACGUUUCUGGCAAUGCAUUUUUUAUUCUCCUAAUGCAUUGUUUUUACUUUACGUGCUGUGACAUGGGUUUACUUUGGAACACGUACAGUAAUUGCUUUGACUCCUUCCAGGCAUUGAAUGCGGUCUAGGAGACCUUUGCUGUAGUUCACAACUAUAAAACCCUCUGAAACUGGAGAAACAACCAGGGGACGCAGCUAAAGGUUGGAGAUCUGAAUGUCUUGUGCCGAUAAGUAGGAGUCAUUGAGAGGCUUUCCUUGCUAGAUCUCGGUGCUCAGACCAGUCCAUAAAGAACUGUGAAGAUGCUGAAAUUGACCAAAUACAUUGACAUGUAAAGCUCUUCAUAAUGGAACUUUGUAUGCCCUGUGAAAUACAAUGCAAAGCCACUGCAGACACGGUAGGAUUAGAGAGGGGGGAAAAGUAUUCACAAGAGUUUUGGUGGCAGAAUUUUACAUGGGCUGAAGUUUCUGGAGUGCUUUAGCAAAGCAAAGUAUUACAGCAUUCCAGCCUGGAUGUUUAACAGCAUGUCAACUGUCUAGUCAUUCAGAGACACCUGAUGUCAAAAAUAUAGUAAUAUUCCUUUGGUCAAAAAGGGAUUUAGUUAAGGAACUAGUGUGACCUCAGCGCUGGAUCACAGUGGGGUUAUUUGGAAUAGCUGUGAUCUUGAAAUAUAGAAUGGGCCAGUUCAUCUUUCCAAAACCAGUUCAGUAGGAAAGCAAUCUGGAAUGCAGGACAAAAGCACUAAAAUAGCUUAGAGAUCAGGAGCUGGUCAGAGACAGGAACUCACUGACUGUGUAGAACUCCUCCAAGGAAGGAACAUAGACAACAUGAGUGUGAACAACGAGGAAGAAACCAGUGCAGUGCUGGACAAAGUUGGAAACCGAGUAAUUGACAGGACAAAGACAGAGUUUAUGGUGGUAUCCAGUGUGACUGCCAAGAAGAAAAAGAUGCUUUGAUGGGACAAAAGACCCUUAACGUUGUAUGGCCCAUCAAGAACACACAAAGGGGGGAAUAAUUGGAAAGUGGGUCUCGCUGCUUUCCAUGUGCUGGGUUCCUCCACCUCCUCACUAAGGUGAUCUCAGUCUUGUUGAAAUAUUCAGGAGCUCUGGGGUCUUAUUCCCCGUAAUGAAUCCUGCGUAUUGCUCAGGAGAGCUUUGGAUUUUUCCUCCAUACGAAAUGUGCAGUUGACACUUCCUUAAAGAGUCCUACCUUGUAUUCAUUGUAGGUGCUCCUUGGUCGCUCUCCCUCCUAAAGAGUUCUACUUUCUAGUGAGGAAUUCUAGGAUUUUUAUGGGAUCUGGGAUCUUUUCCUUGUGUGAAGUCCUGCACAGAUUUCAGGUGUUGUGGACUUUUAUCCACACAAGCGUUUCUAGGUUUUACACGUGGUCUGGGAGGUACAUGCUCUCCAAUAAAGAGUUAACUAGUAUUCAGGCAUUUUGGAUUCCCUUUCACAUAAGGAAUCCUACCAAGUUUUCUGAUGUGCUGGAAUGUUGUUCCCCACUGAAGAGUUUAAAAUACUCCCUGCGGACAGUCCCUCUAAGGAUGCCUGCUUUUGGAUGCAUGGGUCUUCUCUAGGCCUGUCUGCCCAUCCUGCAGUGCACCAAAGCAUUAGAGAGCCAUUCUGGAGUAAUCUUCUUGGAAAAGGUCGUGCUGUGCGGUAGCAACUUGCGUAUCCCUGUGCUGCCCAGAGCUGUCAGCAGUGGGAGUCCAAUUCUUGUUGUCCAUGCUCUGACAGAGAUCCAAAAAAUGAAAACCACAGUUUGGGGAUCAUUUCUAUGGGAUGUGUGUCAUGGAUUAGCGGGGGUGGACAAACGGACAGUUGUAUUGGUAACUUCUAUUUUCAGGCUAGCUGCAAGACACGUGGUUGAGAUGUCUAAACUGUUCUCAAAUCGAAUGAGAAACACUUAAUUGGCUGCAUUUGCAAGAAACUGUUUUGUUCACUUUUAAGUUAUAGUGUUUAGUGCUUAGCUUGAUAUGCUUGGACUACAUUAGAUGGAAUAUCUGUUAUAAAACAGUUGACGUUAGACGUAGCAUAAUAAAAAUUUGAUCAAUUGUUUUCAAUGCAAUCUCAAGAUGAUGCAGCUAAAACCUCAUAGGUAGGGUUUUUUCCUCUUCCAAUAAUGGUAUAAAAAUAGUAUCUUUGUCAUCAGUUUAAAUACCGACAAUAGAUAUAGUCAUCCAGUGGAUUACUUCUGUCCAUAAGAAAAGUCCUUUUAAACUUAAUUUUCUAGGAAUUCAGUCUGGAAGAAAGGUGACCCAAAAAGCCAGAAGCAUUUUGGGGAGGGAAUGUGCAAAAAUGUAAUGAGUGGAGGGACACAAAUAUUCAAAAUGUUUGUUUGAAUCACUAGAGCAUUCUUUCUGCAAUUUCUCUGCAUGUGAAAUUUAACAAAAAAUCUUGUUGCUAAGAAAAAUGUGUCCAAUUAUAACAAGUUUUAUUGAAUGCAUCUUUGAUUAAAAUUGUCUACAGUAACUAGGACAGUCCUGUGAGCCAAUUGAUACUUAUUGUGCUCUUGCUUUUAACACUUAUAUGUAGUGAUGCAUCAAUAACACCUACCGUCUGUCUCCUUAGGGAAGCCUGUAGCCAUGUAUUUGGGAGUUCUAUCCUGUUGUUGGGACUGAUGAUGUACAAGCUGCAUGAUGUGCUGAAUCUAAUAUCUGUCAUGAUCUUUUAUUGAUUCUGCAGCUGAGUGAAAGUUUUCUGAAUUCAAUAAAGUCGGCUUGUCAUGAAA